CGCCCGCCCGCCCGCCCACCUACCUUCCCGCCGCUCCAGAGGGGGCUCGCAGAGCUGAGGACGCGCGCGGCGCUGCUCAAGGUCUCUCUCUCCGCACCCUCGCCGGCCGGUGUCUGACCCGGGUGCCAGGGGGCUCCGGGCACCUUUCAGUGUCCCUUCAGUCGGCCAGCCGGGACUCUGCAACCCAGACGCUGCCGCUGCGGCCACCGCCCGAGGGGACCUGCGGACAGGACGCCGGCAGGAGGAGGGGUGCGCGGCGCUCGCGCAGAGCGACUCUCCGCUGCGCAGCGAGACCCGGGCCUCCCCGCCCCAGGAGACCCCGGCUGCCUCGCCAGGUGUAUGGGACUGAAGUUCUUGAAGAAGGGAGUCCAACUCUUCAAGGUGAACUAUGACCACGUUACUCUUGCUGUUUGUGACUCUGAGGGUCAUCGCAGCCGCGGUAUCUGUAGAAGUUUCAGACCCUGACAACUCACUGAGUGUCAGCAUCCCCGAACCAUCCCCGCUGCGGGUCCUCCUGGGGACCUCCCUCACCGUCCCUUGCUAUUUCAUCCACCCCGUGCACCCGGUGACCACCGCGCCCUCCACCGCUCCCCUCGCCCCGAGGAUCAAGUGGAGCCGCAUUUCCAAGGAGGAGGAGGUGGUGCUGCUGGUGGCCACUGAAGGGCAGGUGCGGGUCAGCAGUGCCUACCAAGACAGGGCCUCGCUGCCCAACUACCCCGCCAUCCCUACCGACGCCACCCUGGAGCUCCGGAACCUGCGCUCCAAUGACUCCGGGAUCUAUCGCUGCGAGGUGAUGCACGGCAUCGAGGACAGCGAGGCCACCCUGGAGGUCGUGGUGAAAGGCAUUGUGUUCCAUUACAGAGCCAUCUCCACACGCUACACCCUGGACUUCGACAGGGCGCAGCGGGCCUGCCUGCAGAACAGUGCCAUCAUCGCCACGCCUGAACAGCUGCAGGCUGCCUAUGAGGACGGCUUCCACCAGUGCGACGCCGGCUGGCUGGCUGACCAGACCGUCAGGUACCCCAUCCACACUCCUCGGGAAGGCUGCUAUGGGGACAAGGAUGAGUUUCCCGGCGUGAGAACCUAUGGCAUCCGCGACACCAAUGAGACCUACGAUGUGUACUGCUUCGCCGAGGAGAUGGAGGGUGAGGUCUUCUAUGCAACGUCUCCGGAGAAGUUCACUUUCCACGAGGCAGCCAACGAGUGCCGGCGCCUGGGCGCCCGGCUGGCCACCACGGGCCAGCUCUACCUGGCCUGGCAGGGCGGCAUGGACAUGUGCAGCGCUGGCUGGCUGGCCGACCGCAGCGUGCGCUACCCCAUCUCCAAGGCCCGGCCCAACUGCGGGGGCAACCUCCUGGGCGUGAGGACCGUCUACCUGCACGCCAACCAGACCGGCUACCCCGACCCCUCGUCCCGCUACGACGCCAUCUGCUACACAGGUGAAGAUUUUGUGGACAUCCCAGAAGACUUCUUCGCGGUGAGUGGUGAGGAGGACAUCACCAUCCAGACGGUGACCUGGCCAGAUGUGGAGCUGCCUCCGCCCCGAAACAUCACCGAGGGUGAAGCCCGAGGCAGUGUGAUCCUCACUGUGAAACCCUUCUUUGAGGUCUCCCCCACCGUCCUGGAGCCUGAGGAGCCCUUCACAUCUGCUAUGGGGGCCACCGCCUUCCCUGAGGCGGAGAACGAGACUGGAGAGGCCACCUGGCCCUGGCGCGUUCCCGAGGGGUCCACGCCAGGCCUGGGCCCCAUCACGGCCUUCACCAGUGAGGACCUCGUGGUACAGGUGACCACAGCCCCAGAGGUCCCUGGACAGCCCCGAUUGCCAGGGGGGGUCGUGUUCCACUACCGCCCGGCCUCCGAUCGCUACUCGCUGACAUUCGAGGAGGCGCAGCAGGCCUGCCUGCGCACAGGGGCGGUCAUCGCCUCGCCUGAGCAGCUCCAGGCCGCGUAUGAAGCAGGCUACGAGCAGUGCGACGCCGGCUGGCUGCGGGACCAGACCGUCAGAUACCCCAUUGUGAGCCCGCGGACCCCAUGCGUGGGCGACAUGAACAGCAGCCCCGGGGUCAGGACCUACGGCGUGCGCCCAUCGUCAGAAACCUACGAUGUCUACUGCUACGUGGACAAGCUCGAGGGGGAGGUGUUCUUCGCCACACGCCUGGAGCAGUUCACCUUCCAGGAAGCCCUGGAGUUCUGUGAAUCCCACAACGCCACCUUGGCCUCCACGGGCCAGCUCUAUGCCGCCUGGAGCCGCGGCCUGGACAAGUGCUACGCCGGCUGGCUGGCAGACGGAAGCCUCCGCUACCCCAUCGUCACCCCACGACCCGCCUGUGGCGGAGACAAGCCAGGCGUGAGGACCGUCUACCUCUACCCCAACCAGACAGGCCUCCCAGACCCACUGUCCCGGCACCAUGCCUUCUGCUUCCGAGGUGUCUCAGCAGCGCCCUCUCCAGGAGAAGAGGAGGGUGGCACACCCACAGCACCCUCUGGCGUGGAGGACUGGAUCACCACCCAAGUGGCGCCUGGCUUGGCUGCUGUCCCCUUGGGGGAGGAGACGACGGCAAUCCCAGCCUUCACCACUGAGCCAGAAAACCAGACGGAAUGGGAACCAGCCUACACUCCAGUGGGCACUUUCCCACUGCCAGGGAUUCCUCCUACGUGGCCUCCCACUAGUGCAGCAACAGAGGAGAGCACAGAAGGCCCCUGGGAAACAGAAGUGCCCUUGGCCUCGGAACAGCCAUCCCCCUCUGAGGAGCCGUUCCCCUGGGAGGAGCCAUCCACACCUUCACUCCCAGUGCCCAGCUGGACAGAGCUGCCCAGCUCUGGGGAGGCAUCAGGGGUGCCCGAAGUCAGUGGUGACUUCACAGGCAGUGGAGAAGCUUCAGGACACCUGGACUCCAGUGGGCACCCCUCAGAGGGAAGUGCAAGUGGACUGCCCUCUGAAGACCUUGACUCCAGUGGUCUUACCUCUGCAGUGGGCUCAGGCCUGCCUGUGGGCAGUGGACUGGCCUCAGGGGAUGAAGAUAGAAUUACGUGGCCCACCACUCCUACGGUUAGCCAGCUGCCCUCUGGAGGCGAGGGCCCAGAGGGCACUGCUUCUGGAGUAGGGGACCUCAGUGGGCUGCCUUCUGGAGAAGGUCCAGAAGCCUCUGUCUCUGGAGUAGGGGACAUCAGUGGACUUCCUUCUGGAGGAGAGAUUCAUCUAGAGACCUCUGCCUCUGGAGUGGAGGACCUCAGUGGACUUCCUUCUGGAAGGGAAGGACUAGAGACCUCUGUUUCUGGAGCUGAGGACCUCAGUGGGUUGCCUUCUGGAAAAGAGGACUUGAUUGGGUCAGCUUCUGGAGCCUUGGACUUUGGCGGAAUACCUUCUGGAACUCUAGGAAGUGGGCAAGCGCCAGAAGCAAGUGGCCUUCCCUCUGGAUUUAGUGGUGAGCAUUCUGGGGUGGACCUUGGAAGUGGCCCAUCUUUUGGGCUGCCUGACUUUAGUGGACUUCCAUCUGGGUUCCCAACUGUCUCCCUAGUGGAUACCACAUUGGUGGAAGUGGUAACAGCCACCACUGCAGGUCAACUGGAAGGGAGGGGAACCAUUGGCGUCAGUGGUGCUGGAGAAAUAUCUGGGCUGCCCUUCAGUGAGGUGGACAUUAGUGGGGGAGCUAGUGGACUCCCUUCAGGAGCUGAACUCAGUGGCCAGGCCUCUGGGUCUCCUGACAUCAGUGGGGAAACAUCUGGACUCUUUGGCGUCAGUGGACAGCCAUCAGGGUUUCCUGACAUCAGUGGGGGAACAUCUGGGCUUUUUGAGGUCAGUGGGCAGCCAUCAGGAUUUUCUGGGGAAACAUCUGGAGUGACUGAUUUUAGUGGACUGUCCUCUGGACAACCAGAUGUCAGUGGAGAAGCUUCUGGAGUUCUUUUUGGCAGUGGUCAACCAUUUGGCAUAACCGACCUGAGUGGAGAAAUAUCUGGGGUCCCUGAUCUCAGUGGGCAGCCAUCAGGGUUGCCAGGGUUCAGUGGGACAACAUCUGGAAUACCUGACCUGGUUUCCAGUGCCGUGAGUGGCAGUGGUGAAACUUCUGGCAUUACAUUUGUCGACACCAGUUUGGUCGAAGUGACCCCAACUACCUUUAAAGAAGAAGAAGGUUUAGGGUCCGUGGAACUCAGCGGCCUCCCUUCAGGGGAGGCAGAUCUCUCAGGCACAUCUGGGAUAGUGGAUGUCAGUGGACAAUCUUCUGGAGCAAUUGACUCCAGUGGGUUUACAUCCCAGCCUCCAGAAUUCAGUGGCCUGCCAAGUGGAGUAGCCGAGGUCAGCAGAGAAUCCUCUGGAGCUGAGAUUGGGAGCAGCCUGCCCUCGGGAGCAUAUGACGGCAGUGGACUUCCGUCUGGUUUCCCCACUGUCUCUCUUGUAGACAGAACUUUGGUGGAGUCUGUAACCCAGGCUCCAACAGCCCAAGAAGCAGGAGAAGGGCCUUCGGGCAUUUUGGAGCUCGGCGGUACCCAUUCUGGAGCACCAGACACGUCUGGGGACCAUUCGGGACUUUUGGACUUAAGUGGGCUGCAGUCCGAGCUGGUAGAGCCCAGUGGAGAGCCAUCAAGUACUCCGUAUUUUAGUGGGGACUUGUCUGGCACUGUUGAUGUAAGUGGGGAAUACUCUGCGGCCACAAGCACCAGUGGAGAAGCCUCAGGACUUCCAGAAGUUACUUUAAUUGCUUCUGAGUUCAUGGAGGGUGUUACUGAACCAACUGUUUCCCAGGAACUCGGCCAAAGACCCCCUGUGACAUACACCCCCCAGCUUUUCGAGUCCAGUGGAGAAGCCUCUGCGUCUGGGGAAGUUAGUGGAGCUACACUCAGGUUCCCCGGGUCUGGAGCAGAAGCAUCGUCAGUCCCAGAAUCCAGCAGCGAGACAUCUGCCUAUCCUGAGGCUGGGGUGGCAGUAUCCGCUGCCCCCAAGGCCAGCGGAGGAGCUUCCGCGUCCCCCGAUCUGAGUGAAGCCACUUCUGCCCCCCGGGAAGCUGAUCUGGAGGGAGUCUCCGGCCUGAGGGUGAGCGGUAGCACAUCUAGCUUUCAGGAAGGCACCAGGGAGGGUUCGGCCACCCUGGAAGUGAGUGGAGAGUCAACCACCACCUAUCACGUGGGCACAGAGGCAUCAGGCUGGCCUUCAGCCACUCCCGUGGCUUCUGGAGACAGGACUGAAAGCAGCGGACACCCGUCUGGUCACACCUCAGGCCUGGAUGUGGUCAUCAGCACCGGCAUCCCAGAGGCCAAGUGGACCCAGCAGACCCAGCGCCCUGCAGAGGCGCUUCUAGAAAUCGAGUCCUCAAGCCCCUUGUACUCAGGAGAAGGAACCCAAACAGCCGAAACAGUCAUCUCCCCAACAGAGGCUUCCAUCCCAACUUCUCCAGGAGGGCCAGAUGUGUCAGAGGCAACCAUUCCAGACCAGGAGCUGUGUGAGAAGGGCUGGACCAAGUUCCAGGGCCACUGCUACCGCUACUUCCCCGACCGAGAGACCUGGGUGGACGCCGAGAGCCGGUGUCGGGAGCAGCAGUCACGUCUGACCAGCAUCGUCACCCCUGAGGAGCAGGAGUUUGUCAACAACAAUGCUCAAGACUACCAGUGGAUCGGCCUGAAUGACAGGACCAUCGAAGGGGACUUCCGCUGGUCCGAUGGACACUCCUUGCAAUUUGAGAACUGGCGCCCCAACCAGCCUGACAACUUCUUUACGGCUGGCGAGGACUGCGUGGUGAUGAUCUGGCAUGAGAAGGGCGAGUGGAACGACGUUCCCUGCAAUUACCAACUGCCCUUCACGUGUAAAAAGGGCACAGUGGCCUGCGGAGACCCCCCCGUAGUGGAGCACGCCAGAACCUUCGGGCAAAAGAAGGCCCGGUACGAGAUCAAUUCCCUGGUGCGGUACCAGUGCACCGAGGGCUUCGUCCAGCGCCACGUGCCCACCAUCCGGUGCCAGCCCAGCGGGCAGUGGGAGGAGCCCCGGAUCACCUGCACAGACCCCGCCAGUUACAAGCGCAGACUACAGAAGCGGAGCUCCCGGCCCCCACGGAGGAGCCGCCCCAGCCCGGCCCACUGAGAGGGGCUGCCAGGACGCGCCCAGGAUGCUGAGCCCAGGAGCCUUGCCAGGCUGACAUCCCACACGGAUGGUGUCCUCUUCUUGUCGCUUUCUGUCCUAUAAGGAAUUCCAUUAAAGAAGGAAAAAAAUAAAUCCCACAUUAUGUAUGCACCCACCCGCCCACCCCCCAAAUCACCAACACUGCAUCUAAUUUUCCCCCCAAAUGCCAAAGCACAGCAAAUGUAUUGUAACCCGUGGACUGAGUUUAGAGACUUUUCUUCAAUCUCCCGAUGUGCCUUUCCAGGGACCAGUGCAGGGACAGGGGGAGAAGGGGAGGGGUUAAGUUAAAUAAAGAAGAUUAUUUUUUGUUUCCUGACUGUA